CUAAAUGAUGCGAUGGCAGGUCAGCUAAUGUGCAGCUUCUUGGACAGUUUUGAACCAAUAAAGUAAAAUAAAGUACAAGUUUACAAUGAAAUUAACUCGGAAACUUGUUCUCGCUCGGGCCAAAGCGUCGGACCUCGACAGUGUAAAAAAACUGAAUUGCUGGGGCUGCAACCUGACAGACAUCUCAAUAUUCUCAGAAAUACCCAAUAUUGAAGUCUUAACAUUGAGUGCCAAUAAAAUAUCCUCUCUGGAGCACAUCUCCAACUGUCAGAAUCUAACAGAGCUCUACUUGAGGCGAAAUGACAUCCAGAAUCUCUCAGAGCUGGGCCACCUUAAAAACCUUGCCUGCCUCAAGGUUCUAUGGCUGGCAGAGAAUCCAUGCUGCGAGCCUGACCCAGUUAAGUACCGUCUAACCGUGCUGAAAAACCUGCCUGGCCUACACAAACUGGACAACCAGGUCGUGACAGAGGAAGAACUUGCACUUGCUUUGGAGCAAGGAGAGGAAAUUGUCACUCCUCCAGGUCCCAUUUCAGCCAGUUCCACCAAUGGCCUUGCAGAGGCAGACUCUGAGAAUGACCCUCUUAAUUACAGUAUGGAAGAGACCAAUAAAAUUCGUGCACAGCUUGGGAUGAAGCCAAUACCUAGAGAUAAAUUCCCAUCGUUUUCUUCCCCACGAGAACUAGGGGCUAGUCCUAAGAAAAAGAGCCACACUCUGGAGGCUGUGCUGUUACUGCUAAAGGAUCUGGACGUUGAGGAGCUGAAAAUCGUUCAGAGUGCCACAGAAAACAAGCUCAGAGCACGCAGUCGACAGAAGGAGAAAGAGAAGGAGAAAGCUCUGAUCACCCAGAACUAAUGCUGCCAAAACACUGGACAACCAGCAAUGAUGUAAUAACUAGGGCUACAGAUCUUCUGAUUUUUGAAAUCCAGGUAAAGGUGUUUACAGACAUCAGCCCAUAUUUUCAGGUGUCCGAGAUUAAAAUCACUGACCCAACGCCUCAAGUCCAUGUAAUCCUAGACAGUGCUAUAGCCAGGCAUAAACCGAUCCCAGAUCAGCAUUCCUACUCAGCCAGCCCCAAGCAUCCCAGGUCAGCCAUAAAUGUAAGUAAGAGUUCAGAGAAGCACCCACAAAGUGCAUAGAACUGACCGUGUUGGACUGUGUUAGUGUUGUUCCGCAACUGCAUCUUACACUGUUGCCUUCAGCAGAGACUGAAUUAUUCUGGAGAACAAAGGUAUCUCAUGUAUAGAUGUGUACACUACUAUUCAAAAAUUUGGAAUCAAUGUUUUGAGCAAUAUAGUAACAAAUAUAGCGGUAGAUACAAGCUUAAAUGAUGUUAAAAGUCUGUUAGUUUGAAACAACUUGUAGGAAGCUGUAAAAAUGACACAAGUACGGCAAGUGAUUCCAAACUUUUGAACAGGGCUGCAAGUGCUAACUGUGUUUCAUUAGGGUUUGUCUUGCAUCCAGUUGUUACCAAAUCACAAAAACGUUUGCUUGUAUUAUUAUUUUGCUUUAAUGAAAAUGUUCCACCAACGUGUAUAUGCUAACUGUUUGAGUCUUUAAUAUUUGUAUUUUUAUAUGUAAAUAAAUUGCAGUGCACCUUA